AUGUUUGAGACUGUGUUGCUCGACAAGCUUCUCGAAGAUCCAAGUCUAAAGGAUGGACCACAAAAUAUCCCGUUCUGUUCACCUUACAUAUCUGAUGAUAUGAGCAGAGCGGUACGGAGCUGUCUGCGAAAAGCGAAUCUUCAGAACGACUUGAAGGUUGUGGAAAUACUACCAGUAAACCUCAAGUGUCAACUGGUGCGUAAUCGUGCGUAUGACCGACUCUGCACAACUCCCAGCUGUGUGAUUUGCCCGUAUGUCAGAGAGCGAGUGUAUGGUAUCAGGAGUACUGCAUCGUACUACGUGCAGGUUGUGCAGUGA